AUGCCUCCUCGAACUCGUCGAAACCGCCAAGGCUCAGCUUUGCCCCAUCCCAGCCCCAGUACAGAACAAGCCAAUUCAGCUCCCGCCGCUUCACCUACCGAUACUAGAGGUAACUUGUCCAAGAGACCUCCUGCGCGCAAGCCUCCAGCCAAACGAAGUCGUAACAACCAAGAAAAUGAUACAACCGAAGAAACAAACCCUGAUGACACUCCCACACUCGAAAAUUAUAAAAGCUUGAUGCCAUUGUGGCCUCCAGGCCGUAUUCGAAAACAUCUCAAAGAACAUAAGUCUUCAACUCACAACCGCCCAUCAUCAGAAAUUCAAACUCGUGUCAAACCUGAAGUCGCUGCGAAAAGAGCGGCAAGUGCUUACACAAUAUUCCUCAAGUAUUCUUUGGAUUGUCUAUCAGAGCCCAUGCCUUUGAAAGGACAAGAUGAACAAGAUGACGGUGGUAGCAUGCUUGGUAAUCGCAACCGCAAGAAUGACCCGGAUGAGAAGGACAGCGAUGAUGAUGAAGAAGAAAAAGAAGACGACCGUGGUGACUCAUUUGUACCCGUUCCAAAUGUUCACAAACUCACUAUUGAAGAAGACGAACUUUAUCGCCCUUUAUACGAACGUUUGGUUGAUUUGGAGAAGGUCAAGAAAGAAUUACAAAAGCCUUCAUCAGGGUCUUCAACUUCACAACUCCAACGCAAGUCUAAGAAUGUUAUUGAAAAGAUAGCUCAUCAGCUUGCUUGUGAAGCCAAUCGGUUGGACUUUGCCUACUACCUGGUUGCAACAAGCACUGUCACUCCAAAUAACUCCACUGAUCUGGGGUGGCUCGAGGAGUAUACAACUCAUCCAGCGGUAGCAACUUGGGCCAACAAAACUAUGAGUCUUGCUGCGGUCUUUGCUACAUACUCUCAAGGCGAAUCAAUGGCAAAGGCCAUUGCUGCUGUCAACAAUCCCAACUCCAAAACCAAAAAACGCCAAAGAAGCGAUAAGCAACAGCCUAGUGACAAGAUCAAAGUUGAUUUAGGACGUCUUCUGGCAGCUCUCACUCUUAAAACGCUGGGUUACUUACCCAAACAGGGUUUCCCACAGACUGCUGAUCCUGUGGCAGAAUUAAGAGUAAUGUCCUUGCCCGUGGCAGUUACGAUGUCUGAAGGUUCCAGAAUAACCAACGAAAAACUCAUUGUUGGAUUCAAGAAAAUGAAAUUGGCAAUAAGGCUCGAGUGGAUCAAUGAUAUUGAGGAUGGACUGUUUUGCUUGAUUAAGCUCAAGGUUGGUACUGAGGAAACCAUAGGCGAGCCGGUAGCUUUAGACGCGGAUGAGAUUAAGGCAGCCUUGGGAACUACCCCUUGCAAUUUAGAGAAUGUUCUGGCUAUCUCUGAUUCUACUGCACAAAAAGGAGCCCGAAAAGGAGAGAGAAAAGAAGGCGAUAACAAAGAAGGUAGUGAAACCUCUACUGAAGAGGUAGAGAGUGACACUCCAUCACGAGUUCCUAGUGCCAUAGCAGUUAGGAAACUGAAUCACAUGAUGCCAUUACGUGUUUGCAGUAUUGUUUCAAUCUCAAAAGAAAAACAUGUUGAAUUCAUUGAUGGGAGUAUAAUUUACGCACACGGUACCUUCAAGCCAGUUCUUAUUGAAUUGAUUACCCCUUCCAGAGUUUACAACUCUCAUAUUUGGCCACACUUUGCAGCUUGA